AUGCGGGUCACUACGAUUCUCGGUUUUUUCUCUGCAAUCAUUCCUUUCAGUUUCGCUAACACUCAUGGCAACCACUGGAGCAGGCGUCACCAAGAAGUUGCAAUCCGCGCCCGUGGUGAUGUAGAUGUCCAUAAGCGUUCCUUCGAUAAUGCUCGGUUCACCUUCUAUGAUGUCGGCUUGGGUGCUUGCGGAGACUACAGUGCUCCCAGUGACUUUAUUGUGGCGUUAAAUGUCGACCAGUACGGCAGUGGAUAUCCUGGCCCAAUGUGUUUCUUGUCAAUUACAAUUUCUUAUGGUGGAAAAACAGCCCAAGCUGUUAUCAUGGAUGAGUGUAUGGGCUGCCCUUACGGUGGACUUGACUUCUCUACCGGUCUUUUCGACUACUUUGCAUCCGAGUCGGAGGGUGUGCUCUACGGGUCAUGGUGGUUCAAUAGCGAUAGUCCUACUACGUCUACCAGUUGGACCCCUACUACCACCUCAACGUCCUGGACUCCUCCUGCAACGACCUGGACCCCAGCGACAACAUCGACUCCUGAUCCUACCACCUCCUCGACUUCAACGUCAUCAUGGACGCCCCCUACGUCUUCAUACACUCCCACCACCACUUCUACUUCCACUUUCAUUUCCACUUCCAACUUCAGCUCCUUGGCCUCUACCACCUUUUCGGCCUCAUCUACGUCCAUCAAUUACAGCUCAGGUGUGGCCAGUGGGAUUGCUGUCCCCACUGGGUCCCCUGUCGCUGCGCCAAACAGCGCUAACCCCCAGAAUCUCCUGGUCUUGAAUCAAGCCAUAAUCGAUAUUGGGAUCAUGCUAGCAGCUGCAGAGGACGGAAUUUAA